AUGGCGGCCGAACCGCUCACGAUGACGAUUUGUGCAGGCUUCGCCGGCGCGUCGACAUCCGAAUGCGUCGCCGCGUUCACGGACAGCGCCAACCAGCUUACGGCCAUCCCUCUCCCGACGACGACCGAGUCCGUCAAGACUCUCAACUGCUUUGGCGAGGGCUGCGAGCUCGUGUCGACCAACAGCCUCGGGCAGCUCACCACCUCCGUCCAGCCGUCGUCAACCCUUUCGUUUACCCAUCACGUAUCCAUUAUCCUCGACCCUCCCAGGCUCGCUCAACUGUAG